AGAGCGCGAAUAGGGAUAGGACGGAUGAAUAACAAAAAUCGUCUGACAAUAGUGUUAACCGAAUAUUUGAGCAGGACAUGUGUAUAUUAUAGACUUCAUUGAGAAAAUCUUCGGUAUUCUAGUCGCGUUCGACGAAAUGUAUACAAACGUUACGAGAGUCGCUGUUUUUCUUUUCUUUUUUUUUUUGCACUCCCUUUAAAGCGUCGAUUUCUUACAUCGUCAUACGUUGAUUGAUAUAGCAUUGAAUCCGGAGAAAUUUGAAAAAUACUAACAAAACUAGUUACAAAAUUUUACCGGUUGUAGGUCUGUAUUUUGAUAAUUUUACAAAUUUUGUGCAUUCUCGGUCGUCCAACGAGAAAUCAUCGCACGCGCGCGCGUCUUACGUAUGUCGCACGUAUUGCUCAACGAAUUGUAAUGAUACUACUGAUUAUCAAGGUGAAAAAUGGUGAUGAGCUUGUGAAUGUCUUGCUUUGCUGAAACACGAUGUCAGACGAUAAUAUGCCACAUAUCUCGUAUGGACUCGACAGUCGUGGAAGAAUAGUGCGUAUAGAAUCAGGUAUAACCAGAGCAAACAUCAGACGUCUUCCAAGUAUAGAAGAAGCUUUAAGGAGACUUAGUACAAAUCUGAGAGUCGAUAGACAACCAAGUGAUCCCAUUAAUGCAGAAGUAUCUGAUCCUCAAGUAGCACGUAUGGCAUCAUUGGAGGAUGAAGGUUCUCAGAAUGCAUGGGAUGAUCUAACAGAUCAGGAACUGUCUGCUGAUAUCACUGAUGGAGCAUCCUCUCCAAAUCAGAUCACAUCUAGUGUGCCAUCAUUGACCCCAGAAGAAGACAGGCGAUACUGUUGGGUAUGUUUUGCAACUGACGAAGAUGAUGCAACUGCAGCAUGGGUUAAACCAUGUCAUUGCAGAGGCACUACAAAGUGGGUUCAUCAGGGUUGCAUACAGAGAUGGGUUGAUGAAAAGCAGAAAGGUCAUGCAGGGCAUGCUGUGGCCUGCCCACAAUGCAACACAGAAUAUAUUAUAGUUUAUCCAAAUAUGGUGUAUCGUACGUGCAAAUCAAUUGCAGGUCCAUUAGUGGUAGUACUUGAUACGAUCGAUGCAGUUAUCUUCCGAGUAUGUCCUUUCAUUGCUGCUGGUAUAGUAGUCGGAUCCAUAUAUUGGACAGCUGUGACUUAUGGUGCAGUUACUGUUAUGCAAGUGGUGGGUCACAAGGAUGGCCUUACUAUGAUGGAACAGGCCGAUCCUUUAGUCCUAUUAGUUGGCUUACCAACUAUCCCUAUUAUGUUAGUUCUGGGAAAAAUGCUUCGGUGGGAGGAUCAAGCUCUCAGUUUUUUAAGACGUCACGCGUCCAAGGUUCCUAUUUUAAGGCAUUUUCUACCGAGUAGUUAUUCUGAUGAGGAUACAAGUAUGCAAUCUGAAGAUAUACCACCAAUGAAUGAUCCAGUAUCCGCAACGCGUGUUCUUUGUGGUGCGCUUUUAUUACCAACUAUCGCCAGCUUAUGUGGAAGAUUAUUUUUUGAAAGCAUAAACUCCAACUUUCAAAGAACAUUGUUGGGUGGUGUAGCCUUUAUAACAAUAAAAGGCGCAUUCAAGAUUUACCACAAACAACAACAAUACAAGAGACAAUGUCAGCGUCAAUGUAGCAUUGUAUAGAAGGCAACAAGACCCCGAAAGUGAUCGAAGUUAAGUAAAAUCUCAACGAAUAUUUAAAUGCCAAUUAAUUAAUGUGCAUACAAUUUUUCAAAUGUAAAGUAAUUUAACUUUUUAUCAGCGUGUGAGUAUAUAAAAAAGUCUGGCAACUCUCUUCAGUGUCAUAUAUACAUAUAUGGUGAUCAUAAUACAGAUAUGGAAUAAUGGAGACAGAGUUGUAUAUAUAUAUAUGAGCAUAUAAAAAUAAGUACUGUAUAUGAGGAUUAUCUCACACAGCGAUUAGCUUAUAUUUUUUUUUUUUUUUUGAAAAAAAAGGAGGGAUGUUGAAAACGAAUGACUUCUCCUUUAAAUUAACAUUUAAAGGGGGGAAAUACUUUUUAAUAAUUAUUAAACCAAUAAUACUUUCUCUGUAAUCUUCCUUAUAUGAUAUAUGAAAAUUGAAAUAAUUAUAUGAUUCUUUCCUUACCCGUGUGCUAGAGAAUCAUCUAUCUUUAAUUAAUCUCUUAGAGAGAUUAUUAUUGCAUUUUUCAUAUUAUCAUACAGUAGAAGAUGCAAGUACUAUCAUACGGGGAAAGAAUUAAUGUGACAAAUUAUUAUGACAAAUAUUUGUUAUUUAUAACUCUUAAACUUGUGUAUAUAUAUGUAUAUGUUUGCAACAUACGCACACACUCUCAUUCAUACAUAUACACAAUACAUAUAAAUAAUAUAUGUAUACUUACACAUAAAUAUAUAUAUUAUUUAUAUUAUAUAUCUAUACAUACAUCUAUAUAUACAUAUAUACAUAUACACACAUAUAUAUAUAUAUAUAUAUCUAUAUAAGUCUACAUUAUUAGAAGUAAGAUUUAUAGGCUAUAUUUUGUAAACUAAUUUCUCACAUGUAAAUGGUAUUAUGAAAUAACUUGUAGCAAAUAUAAAAUGAUUAUAAAUAUCUACUUACAG